CGUCAAAUGAAAAUUGUGUGUGUCUGGUGCUUGCGAACGAAGAAAAAACCCAACUCAAUUUUGUAACUUCAUAUUUUUUGUACAAAGUAGAAAAAUUUUAUAUUUUUCGAAAAUUUUCACAUUCUUAAUAAAUGAAGUGAAUCCGCAAAGAGAGCGCGUAGAAAAGGGUAUUCGCAUAUGAACUAAUAGCACGGAGCAGGCAUGAGUAUUGCAAGUUGAAAAACUGAAAAGAUGAAUUAAAAGGGGGGAAAUCGGAGUCUAUUUUCACUGCAUGUCCUCGCCAGGUGUUGCAAGAAGAUUUUGUAUCCAUACCCUCUCGUCAGCGAUCUUUUGCUUUGCAUAACGUGCAGCACACAUAAAUAUAAAAAUAAAUACAGGUAUAUUUUUGCAUUGAAGCCAAGUUAAAUUACAAUAUAAGACAAUUCAGCUAAUUAACGAUCAAACAGCAACAACACAAAUUGGUCGCAAUAGUAGUGGGAACUAUUUGAGCUGCACCACAAACACCUGCGUAUAAAAAGUCUAACAAUGCAUAUAAAAAAUUUACAACACGCUCAUGCGGCUUCGGCUGCUAUGGGAGGAAUUGUGAUUGUGUCAUCGUCGACAAAUAAUACCACAAAUAAUGCUAACAAUAACAACAACAAUACCGACAGCAGCAAUAACAAUAAUGAAAACACCCAGGUAACACAUCAUCAGCAGCAGCAACAACAAUCCCAACAACAACAGCAGCAGCACCAGGCCGCAAGUGCAGCAGAAAUUCCGAUUCCGUUCAAUAUGCAUCUGACUGCAGCUAAUUCAGAAGCUCAUGUUGCAGCCCAAGCGGCAGCUAUGGCUGCAGCACAAGCAGCUGCCGCACAAGCCGCCGCCGCCGAGCAACAGCAAGCGGCAAAUGGUGGCAAUGGAGGAAGUGGAGCUACCACUAUAUUGCAGCAACAUCCUUUAGCGCACCUAGUAGCCACAGCGGCUCAUAGUCCAGCGCUCUCAGAGCACCAUUUUCCGGCGGGGCGCGAAGUUGUAGCCAAUGGACAUAGCGCAGGCAGUAGUGCGAGCGGAGGAGGUGGUGGCGGCAGUGGCGGCGGCAGCGGAAGCAGCAGUGGGGGCGGCCAUGAAAAACCUUUCCUUUGUAGUGUAUGCGAUCGGCGGUUUCGGCAAUUGAGCACACUCACUAAUCACGUGAAAAUACAUACCGGAGAAAAACCAUACAAAUGCAACGUUUGUGAUAAGACCUUCCGUCAAUCGUCCACUCUAACAAAUCACCUUAAGAUACACACUGGUGAAAAGCCGUUUAAUUGCACCUAUUGUCCGAAGAAUUUCCGACAGCUGAGUACACUAACGAACCAUGUGAAAAUCCAUACUGGUGAAAAGCCCUUCGAAUGUGCCGUUUGCAAGAAACAAUUCCGUCAAUCCAGUACUCUCAAUAACCAUAUAAAGAUCCACGUCAUGGACAAGGUGUACGUGCCAGUUAAGAUAAAGACGGAGGAGGAGGAAGGAUGACUAGAGGAUAUGGUGAUCGCAGGCAC